UGAGGAGGUGCAUGAGUAGAGAGGCAGGAGACCAGAGACAAGUUUCCCCCUGACCUGAUCGCCUAUAGACAAGAUGAGGGCUGCACUGCUGCUGCUGUUAUUCGCUCUCAUCACCGCUGUGGCUGGAGGGAAAAACAAAGAGAAAAACAAACCCUCCCAGUAUGGGUCAGAAUGCACCGACUGGCGCUAUGGCAACUGUGUGCCUAGCAACGGAGACUGUGGAGCAGGAUUUAGAGAGGGGUCAUGUGACCAGCAGACCAACAAGAUGAAAUGUAAAGUACCAUGCAACUGGAAAAAAGACUUCGGAGCUGACUGUAAAUAUCGGUUUGGCAGUUGGGGAGAUUGUGAUCCGGGCUCCGGCUCAAGAACCCGAACAGGGACAUUGAAGAGGGCUCUCUACGAUGCAGAGUGUCAACAGACUAUUUCUGUGUCCAAACCGUGCCAGGGAAAACCAAGAAAGCAAACAAAGGCUAGACUGACGAGCUCACUGCUGGAUGUUUCUCAGUCUCAGUCGAGAAGAAGGAACUCUUUGGCCUCAGCUUUAGUCACGAGCAGUUAAUAGUUGAUUUGUUGUGUUUUUUUUUGUGAGUGUGUGGAAUGUAGUUAUUAACGCCACCAUGAUCAGUUAGCAGCUUCUACAUUAACCUGAUUUACAUCUGACUUCACUUCAUUAACUUUCCUAUAUGAUCGAUAGAAUAUUUGCCAACAUGAAAACAAAAUAUGUAUUUUUUGUCUUGUAAGCAGGUGUAAAUAAGUUUUCUAUUUAAUUGAGGACUGUUUCAUGAGCGCCCUCUUAGUGAAUUCAAUACAAUACUGGUCUACUGAGUGUAACCCUACAGUUGUGAAAAUUAACCAAGAAGAUAUAAAACGGCCUAAAUGACUUCGCUCUAACGCCAACUUGACUUUUGGAGAAUGGAAAAAUCUCCUUAGCCUCUGUCCAGCACUUUUGUGUAUUGAGUUGUAACAAACAUUUGCCCCUGGUUCCACA